AUGUCCAAUGAUUACUCUUUAUUCGAUGACUUAGAGCAAGAUAAUAACCCUUCUUUGUAUGGUAAUGCAUCCAUACUAACCAAUCCUUACAAUACCACUAGCACUAGCACCAGUAACAACAAUGAUAUAACCACACAAGAGCAACAACCAGAUGCAAAUGGUAAGAUUGUAGAGUCACAGGGUAGGACUAAUAAGAGCACGAGAGGAAAUACAUCAAAGAAACAGCAACCUCAUCAUAAUGUGGCAACCACAUCGUCAACUUCACCACCGCUUCUACAAUCGCCACAGCUGCCACAACCACAAAAGAACAAACAAAGACAACUGCGCCAACAAUUCUCCCCCACAUCCAACGCACUAAGUGACAAUGACGAAUACCCUAAUGAGCUAGUCAACAGCACCUUAGGAUUAUCAAAUCAAAUCACUCAACUUCUUGAAGCAUCUGACUUGACAAUUGAUGUAAUAAACUCAGAACGAUUAAUCAACUCAUCGAUAAUAGUCUACACCAUCCAGUUGCAAUCAUCAAUCUUGCAAAAUAAAAUUGUUGUCAAACGAAGGUAUAGUGAAUUUAAGUCAUUACGCGAUAAUUUAUUGAAAUUAUUCCCCACAUUGAUCAUACCACCGAUACCUGAAAAACAUUCCCUCUUGAGCUACUUGCUAAAUUCAAUCAAUUUGAAUAACGAGUCAAGCAUAAUUGACAUGAGAAAACGAUAUUUUAAGUUGUUUCUUGAUGAUUUAAUCUUUGAUUCUGACAUUAAGUUGAAAAACUGUCCCCUUUUACAUAAAUUCCUUGACCCCAACUAUGAAUUAAGUUGGUAUAAUGCAUUGAAUGAACCGCCUGUGAGUUACUUGCCCCACAAUCUAUUAUUAGCCAACCCGGUUAACCCGGCUGAUCAAAAUGGAUUAUAUUCCAUUUUGCCCAUUGUCAAUGGAUUUGAUAUUAGUUCCAACACUGACAAUUUAUCUCAUUUGAAAAAGAUUAAUGAUGAAUUGGAUAAACUAAAUGAUCUGGUUAAAUUAUUUGAAUUGAAAGGCGAAGGUAGUGGAACCAGCUUUGACAAUGAUUUGAAAUUCACCAUCCCUGAAGAAUUAAUCGCAUUUGAAGGAAAAUUUCAUAAAAUUAUAUCCAGCUUGUCGUUAUUAAACAAAUUGGAUAUCAAAACAACCAAAGAUUACAAAAGUUUGAUCAAUGUCUUGAUUGAUUUAGGGGGUAAUUUGAAUAAUUUCUCAUUACAAAUUUAUCAUCAAAAACCCCACCAUUUACAACUGAUACAAACUGACACAUCAAAUACAAAGCCAGAGCUGCAAUUAGAGUUGAAUAACUCGUUAUCAGAAGCGAUUGAGAAAUUCGGCUCAACAAUGGAUCAGUGCUUUUUAAAUUUUGAAAAUUUUGUUUUAAAUCAAUUAAUCCCGCAAUGGCAAGAACCUAUUCAUCAGUUGAUACAAUAUAAUCAAACUGCCCUUAAUUUAAUUAAAUUUUACAAAUACAAAAUCAUUCAAUUCAAGAUAUUAUACAAGUUAAAGUUUAAUAAAUUUCAACAAUUGAUUAGUAUAAACCAUAUGAGUGGGUAUGGUGAAGCCGGUAGUGCUAAAAAGCCUAGUUUUACCAAAGCAGAAACGCAAGCAGAAGAAGAUGCAGUUGUCAUUAAUUCCCUUGAUCACUUGAAAGAGUUAAAUAGUCCUACGUUAAACAAUGCAUUGAAGAAUAUAUCAAUGAAGAAAGUGGGCAAGAAAUCUUCAUGGUAUGGAUUAUUUGGAGGCAACAAUCAAACGAAAAAGUUUAAUUUUCAAUUGCCAGUAGAAGAGACAACUGGAACAACAGCACCAGCAACAGCACCAGCUGCAACAACAGCACCAGCUGCAACAACAGCACCAAUGGCAACUCCAUCAAGCUCAUCAACAAUACAAACAAUGGUUCCACAUACAUCAUCAAUCAAGUUCAAGAUCCAGCAUCUUGAAAAAGAAUUGGAUAAAAUCAACCAAUUGAUUGAAUUAUGUAACAAGGAUAUGCAGAAUCUAACUCAAGCUCUAAUGACGACAUUUGGUGAUUUCAUCAAGAAAUUGGAACAUAAAUGGUUAAUCAUUAUGAUUAACUAUAUACGAAAUGGUAAACAGUUGUUUGCCGACAAUUUGACUACAUGGGAAAAUUUCAAGCAGUCACUUGAAAGUGAAGGUGAGGAUAAUAAUGAUGCUACGUUUGGGGGACCUCUUGCUUCUUCUGCUGUCGAUGAUGAUGGUGAUGAUGAUGAUGAGUAUAUUAUAUAG